AUGAAGCACCAGAUCAAGGGACCAGAGCUCUCCCGCGAUCUCUUCGUGGUUCCGCCUGGUUUCGAGCUCAAGCGACGUUCCAUGACGCUUGAUGCCAGAAAGCAUCACGGUCUGUUGCAAAAAGGUGCAGAGUGUGCAUUCAAGGUUUCGCCCUCUGUGAAUCAACGGUCGCAACGCGUCACUAUUCAAGAUUUUAACAAAAUUAGCGUUUUUGCACUCGUGGCGGAGAUUGAUAGCAUUGUCGGUCAUUAUAUUGGGAAGGGAGCGGCCAAAAUCCUUCGACUCCUCCUGGACAACCUCGCCGACUGCCAACACCAGAUCCCAUUCAACCAACUUCCUUCAACCUUCCGCGAGGCAGCAAGAGUCACGCGCCAGCUAGGCCACACACACAUCUGGAUCGAUUCCCUCUGCAUCAUCCAAGACUCCAAAGCCGACUGGCGCGACGAAUCCAAGAUCAUGGGCGACAUAUACGCAAAUUCCGUCUGCACCAUCUCCGCCUUGACGACCCUCUCCUCCGUUCAGGGAUUGACCGCUCCCCUUUACCGCUGCACACGCGCGCAUGUGUUCUGCAGAAGCGGAUUUUGGGACCCAGGACGGUGUACUACGGCCUGGGUUUUGGCUUGGGAGUGUGUCGAGUGCUUGGCGACGGAGAGCAAGCCCUGGGGGGAUGUUGGUCGGUUUUCUCCAAAGGCGGAUUUCUUGAGGGAAUGCAUUCGAGCCCCUUCAUCUUCCUCCUCUGGGGGAGAUUCAUCCACUGCGCUGUUUUCAGCGUGUCGCGCUGUCCGGGCGGCCUAUACUGGUUGUCAACUAACGUAUUUUGACGACCGCCUUGUUGCCGUGUCGAGUCUUAUUCAGCUGAUCGAGAGGCUGACAUCAUGGAAGAACCUCUGGGGGAUGUGGGAGGACAAGCUGCUUGAUGAACUUUUGUGGUUCACUGAUACACCCAGUGAUCGGCCGCACACGAGGGAGUAUUUGGCGCCGACGUGGUCAUGGGCGGGCUUGGAAGGGAGGGUUUUUGAGGAGAUGACUUUGAUGCCUCGCGUUGGACCUAGCGGGGAGGAUCUUCUUCCUGAGUGGAUUGGAAAAGUUGUCGAGACGGGGAUGGAUGAGAAGGGGAGGGGGUAUGUGCGUUUGCGGGGGGCUGUGAAGCGGGUUGUGCGCCGUCGAGAUGGCUCUGGGGGUGGUUUAGUUGAUAGGGAUAGAGGAGGGGAUCAUGCGGUUGCCUCUUGGGCGGCGGAUACGGUGGAGGACUCGAAGCGUCCCCUAGGCAUCAUCACGGGGCAACAAGAGGGCUUUGCUGCUUACUUCUGGCGAGGAACACGGUUGAAAAUCCGGACCAAGUGCUUGAUCUUGGAUUGGUGA